AUGGUCUCUGAGACGGAGGGCAUGGAGAAGGUCCUCACUUCGCCAAACUUUGUCUACAUUGACGAUGAUAUCACUAGGAGCAUCGUAGACAAUACUGCGUAUAGGAGGAUAUCAAAAAUGAAAAAGACGUUUGCGCAUUCAUUUUACGGAUUUCCAAUCGUCGCGGAAGCGGAAUAUAAGAGGGCUUUUGACUCGUACAAGUGGCUGGAACCGCCGAAGAGGCCAGAUGGCGCGUCGCCAGUUGCCGGGGAAUCCAUGACUAUUUACAUGAGUCAGAGUUCGGGCACUUUCAUCCUCCUCGGCAUCAGCGCCCUCGUUUCCCUCCUCAGUCUUGGAAUUGAAAUGAUCUGGUUCUCUGCAUUGCCAACACUCCAAAUCAGAUGGGAGACCUGGAGGAGCAGUCGUACAGCGGUUUAG